AUGACAUUAACAAUCACGUCCACCAGCCUGCCCUUCCUCGCGAAACCUUCCACCGGCUGGGACCUCUUCUCAAAGCCGCCAGAGAAGCCUACAUCAUACCCACUUGUCAGCGAAGCAAAUGACGACGCCCCCACAGUAGGCCCACGAAGGGCCAUCGCGAACAGAGGUACCGAGAUCUUUGUGGCGCGGGGUAACGAGGUGCGGGUGGCAGACUUGCAGGAUCUGAAGGCCAGGCAACCAGCGCAACAGAGUGUGGAGGGGUACAGAGAGUACAAGAGGCUGGAUCUGCCAGAGCUGGAUUUCGACAUCUGCCAGCUUGAGAUCAGCAAAGAUGGUGUGUUCCUCGCGAUUGUCGGUGAGAAUGAGCUCAUGGUCUGUGUACUCCCCGCGGAAGGGCUGUCGAAGAUGGAAAACCCUAAGUUGAGGGUGCCUGCGUUCCAUAAGGUUGGCGAGAACGUCUACAAUAAAGCAACCUUCCCGAUCGUACGUGCGCUAUGGCAUCCGCUGGGGGUCGACGACGCUUCGUUGGUAGUACUGUCCAAGGAUGGUAUGAUCAGAUCCUACGACUUCAAGGUCGGCCGCGAUAUCACCUUCAACAUAGCCGACCAAGAAAUUGACUUAUAUUUGCUCUCUGGGCGGGCUCGCUACACUAACGGUUUUUCCGCCGACGAGUCCGAGAUGGAGCCUGCGUCCUGCUGCUUCGGGGAAGGUACAGAAGGCUGGCGCCAAUUCACACUAUAUAUUCUUAUGCGCGGUGGUGAUAUCUACGCUCUUACCCCGCUGGUCCCGUCCCGCUGGAUGGCAAGUCGGGAGUACCUCCAGAAAUUAUCUCUCAGUAUCACCGCAGACCUAGAAUCCAUUGACCAGGACGCAAGUCUGCAGGAAAAGCUCAUAUUGAGACAGCAGACCAAAUGGAUCAACGACAUAUUGACCCAAGAAACAAAUCUUGAGAAUUCUUUUGGGGCAUCACAGAGUACGCCGUGGAAGAAGAACCAGACAUACCUCACACGCCCAGGGCUAGAUGCGCGUUCAAAAGAGGACAUACAACCGCAUCUUCAAGGACCCUUUCUCUUUCAACCUCCGCCAGUAGAAUUCCCAGGCGACUACUACGCCUGCGACAUCUUUCAUAUGGAAGCUGGGUCCCUUGGCAUCAUUGGUGUUCUCUAUUCUAACGGCAAGGUCGAUAUUUGUCUCGAAUUUGAGCUCCUCCGCGCCAAGUGGGUCGACAAAAAGAAGAGGCAUCAAGAGCAGCUCUCCGACCUCCCAGUUAUUGCCGCCUUCGAGAGUAUCGAUCUCGGUCUCAACGCCGGUAGAGAUAAUGCAACCACAAACUGGCCCGUAUUUGUCCCGGACCCACGCAGCGAGCAAGUCUGGUUCAUCAACCACAGCUCUGGCGUCGUCUCUUUCAGUAUGAAGGGCUGGCUCAGCAAGCUCUCUUCCGUCCUUGACCGUGAUGAGGACCCCGACUUUAUGACAUUCACGCUGGAAAAAAGCCCGCAGAGUACCGUCAGCGUCGUCCUCAACAACCGCGGCAAAAGCCUCCACCCCAACCCCGUCGCCGGCAGCGUCGUCAUCUACGAAGCCUACCUAGGCUACAUCUUCGUCGCGGCGACACUCAAGGGCGUCGCCGCCGCCGAGUUCGACGAAGUCCUCGCCGCCGGCUCCCGCUCCUCCGAAGCCAUCGCCAAAGCCGAGCAGCUCCGCAUGUCCACGUCCACCUCGCAGCGCAACAACGCACUUAGCUCCAGCACCCAGCGCAAGAUGAACAUCCUGCUCCCGCCGUACAACCCCUCCGCACAGUUCCGGCAACGCAGCCAGCUGGCGCAGCUGCUCCAGCAAGCAUUAGAGCAUAACCCGCGGCUUGUCCGCAGCCCCGUCAUGUUCUCGACGGAGAGUAACGAGUUCUUGAGGAAGGCGCGAGACACACUGAAGCUCGAGUACGACGGCAUCAUGGAGGCCGCGCAGGAGAUGUAUGACCGUGCGGCGCUGCAGCGCAUCGAGUACCGGAAGCAGAUCGAGACGAUCCACCGGGCCGAUGAGCAGCUGGCCAAGAUCCAGAGCAAGGAUGUGCGCGAGCGGCUUGAGCGAUAUCUUAAGAGGCAGGAGGAGCUACAGUCCCGUGCGGAUGAGGUGCUGAAGUUGCUUAUUGUCAAGAGCGAGACUGGGCUGAGUGAUGCGGAGAAGAAGUGGUUUAAGGAGGUGGGGAAGAUUGAGGAGAGGGUUGGUGGAGAGAGGAGGGUUGCGCUCGCGGCGCGUAAGGAGAUGGUGGCGAGGAUGAUAGAGGAGUUGAAGCCGCUGGUGGAGGGCGGGAAGGGAAGUGGGCUAGUGGGCCGUAAGGACGAUGUACCGGAGAGUAUCAGGGAGGAGAAACUGAGGAUCUUGAGAGAGUUGCUAGAUAGAGAAGAUGUACUUGUAAAAUCUACCAGGAAAAAGCUAGAAAGCUUAACUACCGAGGUGGAACAGGUUCAGAUCUAA